GUCCUGGUCUCCUCAGGUUCUGGUCCGUCUGAUGCUGAACGUCGGCGCUCUCCUGGGGAUCGGUCUCCUGGUGACGUCUCGGGCCGCAGCCUCUUUCUCUCAGACGGGGACAUGUCUGCUGUCGGCCGCCGCUAAACGCCACCAUCAGAACUGUCCCAGCAGCAGGUCUGCGUCCACCAUGGCCCAGACCCUGAAAUACCUCGGGCAGGAGGAGGCGCAGAAGAUCGACGAGGAGCUCUUCAGCGACUACGGCUUCAGCGUGGACCAGCUGAUGGAGCUGGCCGGACUCAGCUGUGCCACAGCGGUGACCCGGGCGUACCCGCUCACAGCUCUGGUCCGGUCCAGACCGUCUCUGCUGGUCAUCUGUGGACCGGGGAACAACGGGGGCGACGGGCUGGUCUGUGCUCGGCACCUCAGGCUCUUUGGUUACGAGCCCACCAUCCUGUACCCCAARAGACCCAACAAGGUUCUGUUCCAGGGUCUGACCACACAGUGUGAGAAGAUGGACAUCCCCUUCCUGACCCAGAUGCCUGAGGCUGAAGUCAUCGAUGAAGCCUAUAAUCUGGUGAUCGACGCCAUCUUUGGCUUCAGCUUCAAAGGUUCUGUUCGAGAACCGUUUGGGUCCAUCCUGGACGAGCUGAAGAAGAGCACGGUCCCGAUCGCCAGCAUCGACAUCCCCUCAGGCUGGGACGUGGAGCAGGGCAGCACUGAGGGUCUGCAGCCCGACACGCUCAUCUCUCUGACCGCUCCGAAGAAAUCAGCCUCCUUGUUUACGGGCCGGUACCACUUCCUGGGAGGACGGUUUGUUCCGCCCGCACUGGACAGGAAGUACCAGCUGAACCUGCCUCCGUACCCCGGGACGGACUGCGUCCUGCAGCUGUAGACCAGUGGACCGGAGCUGCUUCGUGUCUGCASACCCAGCAGUCUGAGGUUUUAUUUCUUUUCUUCCUGCAGCUGUUCAAGAAUAAACGUUACGUUGAUGAAA